GGGCCCGGGGGCGGGGCUCGGCACCGGAGCCGCGCGGCCCGGCGUGCUCGCACUCGGAAGCCCGGCGCCCCCGCGUACAGGCCCGGGCUCUGCGCGCCCCCGCCCGGGACCCCCAGGGCCGCUCCGCUUGAGCUAGGCCGCGCCGGCCGGGCGUGGGGGCCGCGCGGGCGGGAGGAGCAGGAUGUCCUUCCAGGGCAAGAAGAACAUCCCUCGGAUCACGAGCGACCGCCUUUUGAUCAAAGGCGGGAAGAUCGUGAAUGAUGACCAGUCCUUUUACGCUGAUUUGUAUGUGGAAGACGGUUUGAUAAAACAAAUUGGAGAAAACCUCAUUGUCCCUGGAGGCAUCAAAACCAUCGACGCCCAUGGCCUGAUGGUCUUGCCAGGCGGAGUGGACGUCCACACGAGGCUGCAGAUGCCCGUCCUGGGCAUGACGCCAGCUGAUGACUUCUGCCAGGGGACCAAGGCCGCCCUAGCGGGAGGGACCACCAUGAUACUGGACCACGUGUUUCCCGACACGGGUGUGAGCCUGCUGGCAGCCUAUGAGCAGUGGCGGGAGCGCGCGGACAGUGGGGCCUGCUGUGACUACUCCCUCCACGUGGAUGUCCCCCGCUGGCAUGAGAGCAUCAGGGAGGAGCUGGAGGCCCUGGUCAAGGACAAAGGCGUGAACUCCUUCCUGGUCUUCAUGGCAUACAAGGACAGGUACCAGUGCACCGACAGCCAGAUGUACGAGAUCUUCAGCAUCAUCCGGGACCUGGGUGCGCUGGCCCAAGUGCAUGCAGAGAACGGGGACAUCGUGGAAGAGGAGCAGAAGCGGUUGCUGGAGCUUGGCAUCACCGGCCCCGAGGGCCACGUGCUCAGCCGCCCCGAGGAGGUGGAGGCCGAGGCCGUGUACCGUGCCAUCACCGUUGCCAAGCAGGCCAACUGCCCCCUGUACGUCACCAAAGUGAUGAGCAAGGGUGCGGCCGACAUGGUCGCCCAAGCCAAGCGCAGGGGGGUGGUCGUGUUUGGGGAGCCCAUCACCGCCAGCCUGGGCACCGACGGCUCGCACUACUGGAGCAAGAACUGGGCAAAGGCCGCGGCCUUCGUCACGUCCCCCCCCAUCAACCCGGACCCCACCACCGCAGACCGCCUCACCUCCCUGCUGUCCAGCGGGGACCUCCAGGUGACCGGCAGUGCCCACUGCACCUUCACCACCGCCCAGAAGGCCGUUGGCAAGGACAACUUCACGCUCAUCCCCGAGGGCACCAACGGCAUCGAGGAGCGGAUGUCUGUGGUCUGGGAGAAGUGUGUGGCCUCAGGGAAGAUGGAUGAGAAUGAGUUUGUCGCUGUGACCAGUACGAACGCGGCCAAAAUCUUCAACAUUUACCCGAGGAAGGGGCGUGUGGCUGUGGGCUCUGACGCCGACCUGGUUAUUUGGAACCCCAGGGCCACAAAAAUCAUCUCUGCCAAGAGCCACAACCUGAACGUGGAGUACAACAUUUUUGAAGGCCUCGAGUGCCGAGGGGCCCCCACGGUGGUCGUGAGUCAGGGCAGGGUGGUGAUGGAGGACGGGAACAUGUUCGUCACCCCCGGGGCCGGCCGCUUCAUCCCUCGGAAGACGUUUCCCGACUUCGUCUACAAGAGGAUAAAGGCACGCAACCGGCUGGCGGAGAUCCACGGCGUGCCCCGAGGCCUGUACGACGGGCCUGUCCACGAGGUGAUGGUGCCCGCCAAACCGGGGGGCGGUGCCCCGGCCCGCGCGUCCUGCCCAGGGAAGAUCUCGGUCCUGCCGGUGCGCAACCUGCACCAGUCGGGGUUCAGCCUGUCUGGGUCUCAGGCGGACGACCACAUUGCGCGACGCACGGCUCAGAAGAUCAUGGCGCCCCCUGGCGGACGUUCCAACAUCACCUCGCUGUCCUAGGUGUCCGUGUGGGACCCCGCGAGCCAGUGCUGUCCCACCCACGGGGCGGCUCACCUCACAUAGCUCUCCCUUUGUCAGACUUACCUGAAAGGUGCUUGGCCUCACCUUCCCCACUCCCCCCCCCGCCAAGUAACUACCCUUUUGGGGUCCCAGGUCCUGUACGAGGAACCUGUGCAAGGAAAGGGCUGAAUUUGGGGGGUUUCACUGCCAGGUUGAAGAGGCUGGAUGUGAUGGCGGAGUCAGCUCAGGUGGCCCCGAAGGACAGCUGGGUGCUUCACAAAGGCAGGGCUGCCGCCCCGCCAGGACCACGGGAACCACGGGGGCCCCGCAAAUGCGUGAACAGCAGGCCCGGCCGCAAGGCUGGGGCGUUGGCUCCCGUCCCGUUACGAAUCACUGCCCCAUGGAGCCCCAGGCCUCCCCUCUGCUCCUGGGGGUGAAGGUGCAGCCUGCCCCCCUUCCCUGUCUGCCUCGGUAUGGGGGGGGGGGAGCGCCCGUGAGCUGAGCCCCCUGCCCCAGAGCUGCUGUGAUUUCAGGGACCCAUCAGGAACUUCGCAAAGGGCAGCCUCGUUCGUACGUUGCCAAGGACCAAACUUCCGCUCUUGUAGUAGGCCGAGUCCAGGGGAAUUUUAGGAUCCUUUAGCUGAGAUGCUCUCCUUUUACGACCAAGUGUGCGGUCUGGUAGUUGAUUAGCGCAGCACGUCGUGCACCAAGGACAGCUGUAGCCAGGAACCUGCAUGCCACCCACAGCCCGAGCGGCCGCCUCUGCCCCGCGCGGACGGGAAUGGGGUCUAUUAAAGGCGUCUGGGUUAGAAGCUG